UCUUCCCUUCUAGAAGACGAGCACAUGGCUGGCUCCCGCAAUUCUACAGCCCUUCGCUUCUCUCCAUUCCUUAUUUUGGUUUCACUUCAAAAAAAAAUGGUCAGCCAAAACAUCGCAGACAAACCUAAGCCCAUUGCCAUUUCCCAGAAUUCUUCCCACUAUAGCAGAAGCCUACCCACGUCGCUCUACUCCUGCCCUUUUCUUCUUUAAUCUCUCUGUUUCAGUGCGUGUGUGUUUGUGUGUGUGUAUAUAUAUAUAUAUCCAUACACAUUUAUAUAAAGAUGGAUGAGAAGAAGGUUUUUGAUGUGUCUUGCUUCAUGCUCAUGGAAGCCACCGGUGAUUCAGAGGCCGAUUCUGGGCUCAAUCUGGAAUCGGACAUUAAUGCUUUGGCAGAAGAUGAUGCUCAAUCUUGUUGCUGCGAUGUAUUGGAUUAUGGGAGCACCGUUGAGUUUGGUGAUGAUCUAGGGCAUGCCCAUGGUGAAGAUUGUCAUGUUGAUGAUGAUAUGGAGGAAGGUAUUCACAACCUAGAUUGGAGUGAUGAUGAUGAUGAUGAUGUGGUACUGAGCAGGAUUGCGAAGGCAGAGGGGCAGCACAGGAAGUCCAAGGUUUGUGUUGAUUCGGCCAUGGCAUUGAAGAAUGAGAUGGAAAAGAGCAGGCUUUUCUGGGAGGCCUGCUUGGCUUCUUAAUUUAAACCUGUGUCUUCUCGUUUAAUUUGGUUUCAGGAGUGAGUUUGUUUGUUUCCUAGAGUUGUGGAUCAAACAAAUAAUCCACCUCUUGCUAUUCUCCAGCAAUUUUAAUCCUUCCUCUUCUUCUCCGAGCAUAAGUUGCACAAAAGAAGGGGAAAAAAUCUGUAUUGCCUUCUCUCCCUCCAUUUUGAAUGCAAUUGUGGGUAUUUCAGACACUAGACGUUGACUACUUGAUUCAACUCUUUUCUUUUCCUUCGUCUAGGUUUGUAAACAUUAAUGAUUUGUGACUUCCACGGCUAAAUGUAGACAUUAAUGUUUUGUAAGCAAGAUGGAACUUGUUUCUUGUCGACAACUUAAUAGAGGAUUGAGCUCUAAUAAACAGUACGAAGUAACUUAGUGGGU